AUGAGCACUGUUGCCGUUGCUGCGCAGCAGCAUUCUACCGAUAGCCGCACGCACAGCCUCAAUCACGCAGAGCAGCAACCCGCUGGCAGCACGGGUGCAUUAACGGUAGAGAACGGACAUUCUUCCGGGAUGCCAUGUGCGCCCUGCCCGAGCAACGGUUCAACCUUACCGGGCAUUUCGCCGGGAUCGGCGGCUACAACAGUUCCUGGCUGUGGUGGUGGAGGUGCUGGCUGUAGUAGCCUCAGUAGUAGUGGUAAUAGUAGCAGUGGAAACGCCAUGGCAGACAGCCAAACAGACACAAGUGCUCCAUCUGUUGGAGGUGAUGGACAGCAACAACAGAUGCAGCAGCACCAGCAGCUUGUCGACUCCCCUCAACAGCAGCAAGAUCAUCCUGCUGCUCCGGGCAGUCGUCCGACAUCCGGUGGCCGACAGCAAAGGAUUGCUGGUGGAAAAGGCAAGCAUUUAACCCGCAGUCACGCGAUGCGUGAGUCAACUUCCCCGCCCCGAACACCAACGCCACGAUCUCCAUCCGAUAGUCACAGCAGCAAUCCAAUCAGUAGCACCGGCAGCGGUAGUACGGGUGGAAUAACCAACACGACCACUGCCAGCACUACGAUUGCCAGCAGCAGCACCAGUACCAGUAGUGGUAACGCACUCAGCAAUGGUCUCCAAUGUCCCCAAGAACGAUCAUCAGGAGCAGCAUCCACCAUGAACGACGUAGAAUCGCUGGCCAAACAUAACAGCUCUGGCCCCGGUGGUGGGACUAGCGGAGGUAACAGUGGCAACAGUUCUCCUAACAUCGUCCUCUUUGCCGGUGCUGAGGAUCAGCAGCGUAAUGGUAAAUCUCAGCUGGAUUUAGACUUCCCGAAGCUGACACCUCCGAAGACGUCCUUUAAUCCGAACGCUGGUACUAACGGCGCGCAUCAUCCGCACUCACAAAAGGGCAACAGUGUGAAGAGCAGUGUUACGGCAACACAUCACGCGAGAGCGAAUGGUGGUAUCGUUUGCGAGACAGACAAAUCGGCACCGUUGACAACCACCGCCGCUUCAACACUCUCAGUAGCGACCGGAGGCAGCAAUAACGCGAAACAGACAACACCGUCACAACAAAGCGUGACGAGCACGGUUUCACCUAACGCUACCGGCACCGACACACCGGACGGUGGUGGAACGACUCGCGGUGGAGGUUUACCAGCCGGGCAAAGUCCGUCCAAUCAUAAUCUCGUGCCGGUGUCCGGAUCUGGCAAUGUAUCCGCGGUGACAUGUGAUACUACGAUCGGUGGCGAUCCGUCGAUUCCGGGGGCUGUAGGCAAAGCGUUGUCUACGCACACCUCUCCGGUACAGUCAGCUGCAAAUAGCAACUUUUGUGAUAACGAUGGUCGUCAUGGUCCGUAUCAGCAUCAACACCAGCGGGAUGUGAGUUUUAGCAGCAAUGAAGGUUCUGGAGGCCAAUCGACGAACGUUGACGGUCAGAUCAAUAUACAGUUUUCGCACGAAACGGAAACACGUUACAUCCAGUGCGACAGUCCUACGGAUAGCCUUAUGAGGAGUGGCGGUAAUGCGGGGCCAACCACCACACCCCCUAGCGGUGGCGGUGGAGGGAGUGGUGGUAAAAAACGAAGUGGUGCUUCCGGAAAGGGUGGAAAUAAGGCGACCCGGUUGAAAAAUCUGAGCGGCGGUUCCUCCUCCAGCGUCGACGGUGGUGGAGGAGCCGGUGGUAGUGGUGGUGGUGGAGGAAAUGGCAGCUGUGGUGGCGGGAUGGCUUCGUUUAUGUCGCGGGACAGCCUAUGCGAUCCGUUCACCGACCAGAGCGGUGUAAAUUUGCUUCAGUUUUUCAAGGAAACUCUAAACAAAAACUUCAAAGAUCGUAACAUGCUGAUGAAGAUCGAGAAGGAGCUACUAUCGCUGGCGAUGGAUCGUAGCCGGAGUCAGAUGAAAUUUCCGCCCAUGUCUUCCUAUAACCGAAUGUUGAUUCACCGGGUGGCGGCAUACUUCGGCAUGGAGCACAACGUGGACGCAACGCAGCAGUGUGUGAUUGCGGAGGUGACACCGGCCACCCGCAUUCCGGAUAUUCGGUUCAAGAAUCUCAUUUCGGACAGCUUCUUGGAGGAGCCACGCAAGUCCAUCCUGAAGCGGGACACGCACAGCUUCGACGAGUACCAUCGGUUCGGUAGCGGUACUGGCGGCGGUGGUGGUGGAGGAGGUGGUGGAAGUGGUCUACUGCACUGUCCCGACCGGGGCAUGCUGGAUCGGAAAGCAAAAAGCUUCGAAGAGCGUGAGGAAGAGUAUGAGAAAUCCAAGCGGAGGUUAUUCAAAAAUCGUGAGCAUGAUUCCGAGUCCGAUCAGUGGCAGUGGAUAUCGACCGAUGGUGCUGGUGUUGCUGGUGGCGGCGUCGGUGUUGGUACGACGCUGGUUGACCUGAAUGCCGCCCGGCACCAGCAGAAACUGCAGAACAAUCGCUUGCUGAAAGUACAAUCAGUGUCAAUUGAGGGACGAUCGGACGAACGGCCUUGCGUUUCAAAAUCUCACAGCUUCGGAGGUUAUGGAGGAUCGUCACAGAAUGCAUCGUUGCUGCGAGGCGAUUCGAUAACGUCAACCAAAAGUGCCGGUGCGCGGCUGUUUACGAAGCAGGACUCGAACGCCAGCACCAACACGCCCUGGAGGCUGUCCCCGUCUAGCAGUGGGUCGUACCUUACUUCCAGUUACAAAACCCAAUCCAUCCGCUCGGAUUCGGUAACACCUUCUCCAACUGGCUACGGCAGCGGCGAUCACACACCGGAGCCGUGCGUCCCAUCACCGUCGGCAACGUGCGGCAUUAUGUGGGCCGUAACCGAUAUGGCCAGUGUACCGAAGGGAAGUGUGCUGAUAGAUCCCCAGACGUUUCAACCGAUUGUUAACCAGGACGGCACGCUGUAUCACUUCGAUCCAUCCAACCUACCACCUGCGGCAGGCGGUCCCUGGCCAGCAAGUGGAAAAAUGUCGAAGCGAAGGUUCGAAAAGCAGAAGUCAUUCAAUAGUAAGAACAAUCUCAACAGUAGCAGUUCGCUUGAAAGCGCUACAGAUGGUCCGUCACUAGGAAAGACAGUUGAAUGCGGACAACAGACGGUGAUUCCUACUGCUGUAGAGAGCGGCUCUGGUGCCAUUACGACCAUCAUGACGGUGGUAUCAACGACAGCUACAACGACACCGACCACCAUUGCGGAGGAAGUGGUCAAUGAGCUCGGGUGUUACGAUGUGGGUGUCAACUCCGGCGGCCUAAAAUUACUAAGCGUUAAAGAUAAUACAGAUAUGGAUGAAAACUCAAGCCUCUGCGAGGAAAUCUCACAAACGACAAACGAGCUUGGCGGAUUGAAGUUGCAGAAACAUCAAGCCACUAGUCCUAUGCUGCAGGCCAGCGAAUUGCAGCCAAUCGAUAUGAAUGAAAUACAAUACAGUACCAAUCAGCACGAAAGUGGAACUCUCAUGCAUACUGCCAACUCUGGACUGCUGGAUAACGAUCGGACCUUAAUCGACGAGGUAGUGGAAACGACGGGAGAAGAGCAAGACGAUCUCGGCGACACGCUUGACACUUUGGACAAACCCGAACAUAACAAUCCGGCUCUGGGUGCUGCUGUACAAUUGUUGCACGUACACGAUCCUGUCAGUAGUAGCAGCACGCUGGACGCUGGCGAGGAUGACGAGGAUCGGAGUGAAACCCCAACCGACGGUGGACAGGAGGAGGUUGACAAGAAAAACGACAUGGUAAAGGUAGCCAACGUGGUACAGACGGUAGUACCGUUGACUAGUUACGCAAGCACCACAACGACCCCUAAUGGUGGUAGUGGUGGCGGAGUUAGCGCGUACACAGUCACGUACGAUGGUGGAGGUAGUGGUCAUCCGGGUGCUACCGUAUACGCUACUGGUACACCAGGCCUGUCAACGACGACAUAUCAGACAGCGCCGGACGGUGCAAUUUAUGCCGUACCAUCUUCGCUCGUCUACACAUAUCCCACGGCAAUGGAUCCAACCGAGAUGUCCGGUGGGUACUUUGUGCCAGUGUACGAUCCACAGCAGCAGCGAGAAGCAAGCCUCUGUUCAACACCGGGCGCUUCAAUCUACUCGGCUCCGGCCGGUGCCACAUCGACAGUAUUGCAUCCGAUAGCGUACACACAGAGUGCGGCAGCUGCUGCGGCUGCGGCUGCAGCCGCCUAUACUGGCGCACCACUGUACCAAAAUCCGGUCAUGUAUUCGUCCGACCAAUUCCCAGCGGCACAAGCGGCCGCCGCUGCAGCAGCAGGACAGCUUUCACAGUAUCCCAUUAGCUACCCGAUCGGAAUAGGAUACCCGUUCAAUGGUGCUGCGUACCAAAACUACUGGAAUCAACCAAUCACUUAUUACGUUCCUCAGACGCCCGUCCCGUCAACGGUGGCCGGUGCUUCUAUUCUAAUGCAGCCUCCGAUACCGCAAACUCCCACCAAUGGUGGAAUUAUCACGACAACGGCCACCGUGUCGGCAUCAACCUCGGGCACCGGUAACAGUUCGUCUGGUGCGCCAAUUUCCGGCAAGCGUAACACGACUCCCCCUAACAGUGGGCAUGGUCAAUCGCAAAGCGGCGCCACGCACAGUGCCUCGGUAACCCCGGUUCCGAUAUCACCGUUCACCACCAAUAUUUCCGUACCACUGCCCGAUUCGUCGUCGGCCGCGGCGGCUGCUGCUGCUGCCGCUGGUGCCCCGAUGUACGCCGCCUUCCCGCAGCCACUGUACCCCAACAUGCUUCCAUUUGCUAGCCCGAUGGCGACACAUCCACAUCCGGUGGCGGCCACUCCAGGGACGCUGGUACCCACUGCCGCAUCAUUCCAUCCGCAUCCGCCAUCCGGUGGAUCGCAACACCAUGCCUCCAGUCACCAUCCCGCAGCUUCUACCGGUGGUGCGCACGGUGGUGAAUCGACGUCACUAUCCGGUGGCAAUGGUCACCAUCAGCAUCAUUCACAGUACCAAAAUCAUCAGCACCAGCACCACCAGCAAGCAAGCGGUGGUCACUAUUCCACUGUGAAUGGACCGUCGAAUGGUGGCGGUAAUAGCAGCAGCAGUAGUAGCAGCAGCAACAGCAGCCACAGUGGCAACCACAGUAAUAACUGUGCGACGAACGCACCGACACCACAGUCGACGCCCAGUACACCGCUCUCCCUGCCAAUGUCUAUGACGUCGCAUCACGCCGGUGUUCCCGGUGCAACACAUAAAGGCAUGCCGCUCUUUCCAACACCUCCAAUCAUGCCGAAUGUGGCUGCAGGCGGAGGUUAUGGUGGCCAUCAUCAUUAUGGGGCGGCGGAUGAACGCAAACCGGGAAAUGGAGGCUACCAAGGGAGCAAACCGCGACAAACGAAUGCGAACUCCGGUACAAACGGUGGUUCGACCGGUGGUAGCUACUUUAAUUAUAAUGCAUCUGCGAAUGGAGCCCGACAGAUGACGCCGAACAGCAACGCCGGUAGUGGCAGCUAUCAGCCUCAAGGAAGCGGUGGCAUGAAGGGAAGCUACGCACAGAAUAAUACAGGGAACAAUAACCAAAACCAGAACGGCCCACUAAUCUUGGGUCCGCCUCCAUCGGGCAAGGGUAAUCGACAUGACAGUAACGCGCCUCAAAACGUAACCAACGCGAACGGCAACUCCUCCAGCAAGCCACCACUGAUCCCGACGCUGCCCAGCAUGGUUGUACCGGGUGCGGUAGCACCAAACACGGGAAUGGCGGGCGAUAAAUCGCGACUGAAUCGCUCCUCGAAACCGCCCAACCUCGAUCUGAAGCGCAGCUACAACAGCAACAGCUACAGUGGGGUGAACAACCGCAACACUCCCAGCACAAAUUCGAACGAAAGCAAUGGCUCACCGAACAGUAUUACGUCGUCGUCUGUGCACGAACACGGUGCGUCUCAAUCUCAUCAUCCCAUGGCACCGGCGCAUCACGCCGCUUCACAUCAUCACGGUGGCCACGGCGGAAACAAUCAUCCAUCGACACCGACAUCGCACCAUCACGGAAGCAACCACCCGGUCGUGUCGGCUGGUGGCCAACCGUCCCAACACGGCUCACUGCACCAUCAUCAUCAUCCGGCGCAUCCACACGCGCAACACCAUCCCCAUCAUGGUGGAAAUCAACCGAUGCCUCCCGGUGUUCAGCAGCAGACGCACGGUGGUGGUCCCGGCGGAGGCGGAGGAGGAGGUGGUGGUACGACGCACUACUACCAUUCGGGUGGAGGACAAUCCAUGGCAACAGCUGGAGGGGGACAGCCCCAUUCCGGACAGUCGUCGUACUAUUCUGGUGGGGCAGGAAAUGGUCCGUCGCAGCGCGGUGGCAGUGUAGGAAGCAAUGGUGGUGGUAAUGGUUCGGGAUCCGGCGUGGGCUCUGGUGCGCACACCACGGCCCAUCCACACGCGAUGCCUGCAGCUGUAAUGCAUAAUUCGGCUGUUGCUGCAGCGGCCGCUGCUGCUGCCGUCGAACCGUACCAUCAACAGUUGAUCCCGAUCAAUGCCGCCACCGGGAUGUCUUACGUGAAAAUUGGCCAGGCGUAUUACCCUUCGUUAACAUUGCCGCAAAGCCGCCGAUCGCCUCCUAACGAAAUUCGUCCAAUUGCGGGUGUCUAUCCGACGAUGAAUAUGGUGAUGCCGGCAUCUCGACAGUUCACACCACGACCACAGCACAGCAGCGGGUACAGCAGUGCCAAGGCGGCUAAAUCGCUUCGAUAA